AUGCAUCUGAAAUCUACCGCCACAGCCUUGUGCCUCGGUGCUUUGGCCGAUGUCACUCUUGCGACCACUGACACCUGUUGCACAGCUCUGGAAGCCACUGCUCUCAAGAGCCAGGUCGUCUACCCCGAUGCCGCUGCUUACAAGACUUCGAUCAGCUCUUACUGGGCCACCAACGUCCAGCUCGAGCCUGUUUGCAUUGUGCAGCCCCGUUCAACCUCCGAGGUUGCCCUUGCUGUGACCACACUUACCGGUGCUAACUCUGGUGCUUGCAAGUUUGCUGUCCGCGGCGGUGGUCACACCGUCUGGGCCGGUGCGAACAACAUCAUCGAUGGCGUGACUAUCGAUCUGUCCUUGAUGAACUCCACCACCUACAACGAGGCUGAGGGCACUGCUUCCAUCCUUCCCGGUGCCCGUUGGGGAGGUGUUUAUGAGACUCUCGCUGAGUACGGUGUCACCGUGCCUGGUGGCCGUUCCGGCGUUGUCGGUGUCUCCGGAUUCUUGCUCGGCGGUGGAAACACUUUCCACACUUCCCGUGUCGGAUUCGGUUGCGACAACGUCCAGAACUAUGAGGUCGUUCUGGCUGAUGGAAGCAUCGUGAAUGCCAACUCUGCCACCAACCCCGAUCUUUUCAAGGCCCUCAAGGGAGGAUCUGGCAACUUCGGAAUUGUCACCAAGUAUGAUCUGAAGAUCAUCGACAGUGACAAGAUGUGGGGUGGAAUUGUCACCUACGACAACUCCACCACUACGGAGCACAUUGAGGCUGGUCACCACUUCAUCAGCAACCUGCGCAACGAUCCCUAUGCUUCUUGGAUUGGCAUGUGGGAGUACCUCUCUGCUUCCGACCAGAACAUGGUCGCCAAUGCUUUGGAGUACACCAAGCCCGUUGCCUUCCCUGCUGCCUUUGACAACUUCACCAAGAUUGCCAACACCAGCAGCUCCAUGCGUACCACCAACAUCUUCGAUCUGACCACUGAGUUGGGUCAGGCAGCCGGAUACCGCGAUGUUUUCGUCACCGGUUCAUUUGUUAACAAUGUCGAUGUUAUCGCACGCGCCGUCGAUAUCCACAACCGCAUGAUCGAGGAGGCUAAGGCCAACGCCGUGGGUGAUGACUACACCAUGUUCACCAUGGUCCAGCCUUGGCCCAAGCUCUACACCGAGCACAGCGUUGCCAACGGUGGUAACAUGCUCGGUCUUGACCGCUUCGAUGAUGACCUGUUCCAGGUUCUGUACGAUUACUCCUGGAAGAACACCGCCGACGAUGCUCUGUUCCACCGUCUGGCCACCGGCGCCCUCGAGGAGUUGAACACCUACGCCAAGAUCCCCCUGACUGGUUACGGCGCUGAGAACGUGGAGUACAUCCGCACUGUUGCCGCCAAGUACGACGCCACUGGUGUUUUCCAAACCCAGGUGCCCGGUGGAUUCAAGAUCAGCGCUGUCUAA